UCCCGUAUAUAGGUGUAUCAGCUGCAGAAAGCAACCAGUUCCACUGGUGGACUCUGCUUCGACACUCGUUCAGGAUCACACACACGAUGUUGCGGUUGAUAUACUUGUUCGGUUUUGUGUUAAGUGCGCGAUGUGCCUCUGCGCCAUUUAUAACACCAUGCAAGAGCGGAGACCAAACCUGCCUGAUUACCUCCGCGAGAGCCGCGCUGCCUCACCUGGUGCCAGGAGUACCAGAGCUCGGCAUAAAGUCCAUGGAUCCCAUGCACAUUGACACCAUCGAGAGCAAUCAGGGCGACCUGAAGCUGCACUUCAAGGACACUACAAUGACAGGCAUCAGGGGAUGCUCCAUCGAUAGUAUUAAGCAUGACUUAAACAAAAUGAAGCAGUCAAUAUCGCUGAAGUGUAACAUGGAGCUGGUGGGAGAGUACCUGCUGUCGGGGCAGCUUCUCAUACUGCCCGUUCAGGGCCAGGGGAAAUACAAGAUCGAUAUCCGUGACAUUGUCAUCAAGGUGGCGACUGACCUCAAGAGUGAGGCUGGAGAAGAUGGCAAGCAGCACUGGCGCAUCACAAAGUGGAAAGACUCUUUCAAAGUACUCACCGGCGCCACAUUUCAAUUUGACAACCUGUUCAAUGGAAACAAGCUCUUAGGUGAUCCUGUAUUGCAGUUUGUGAACAGCAAUUGGAAGGAUGUGAUGCAGGAGAUAGCGCCACCCAUAGUGCACGCUGUAUUGGCAGAGAUCAUCGAGGCUGUCCAAGCCUUGUACGCGGCUGUACCGGCUGAAGAACUUUAUGUGCAAUAAACAAAAUGUAAUUUAUUUAUUUAAUACAAA